AUGUCGUUAUUAUUGGCAUUGGCUGAAGGCAUCAUUGAGUAUCUGAAACGAAUUCUGGCAGCGCAUGUCUCAAAUGCGAUAUUGGCCGCUACACAGCCGUUCUACCCGGCACCGGUACAAGAUGCCCAACCGGAUCGACCUAUCGGUUAUGGUGCCUUUGGUGUUGUGUGGUCGGUAACGGAUCCACGAAGCGGAAAACGCGUAGCACUAAAGAAAAUGCCCAACGUCUUUCAGAAUCUGGCCUCUUGUAAACGGGUUUUUCGCGAAAUUCGCAUGCUUUCAUCCUUUAAGCACGAUAAUGUGAGUGGCUUCACGCCUUUAAGGUAA